GGAUUCUAGCUCACUGCUGAUCAGAACCGGCUGACUGAAGGGUGAGCACAGCAUGGCGGCAACUGGCGUUUUGCGGGCCCCUGGUCUCCUCCCCUGCGGUUACCAACUAUCUGAGGGCUGCCAUUAUGGUGGCCCUGUCCAGUCUAGCAUCCCCAUUCCUUGCAUUCCCCAGUUCAGCACUGAAGCACCUCUCCGUGCUCCAACGGGCGUGUCCCCUGCAUCCUAUCCUCGCAGACUUCAUUCCCCAUUGAAGCGCGUCUCUCGGAAGCAACUACGGCAUGUGUGCAAGGCCUCCUUGGUCGUGACUGCUGAAAAGUCUGCAGACAUCAUACAGUUGCAGCGUAUUACAGAAACUGUUCCGGAGGUGGCCCUAAAGUCCGUGCGAGCGUUCGGGCCUGCGACUGUGGCAAACCUGGGGCCGGGCUUUGAUUACCUGGGGUGUGCGCUCGACGGACUGGGGGACUACGUAACAGCGGAGGUGCGGGACGAGCUCGAAGGGGGUGCAAUUGUCAUCAACUCAAUAACCGGCGACGGUGGCCGGCUGAGCCUAGAAGCCAACGACAACUGCGCAGGAAUAGCCGCGAAAGCCACCCUUCAGCUUCUAGGCGUUACGGACGUCGGCAUCGCAUUGACACUCGAAAAGGGUCUUCCUCUGGGGAGCGGCUUGGGCUCAAGUGCGGCGUCAGCCGCUGCCGCCGCGUGGGCCGUGAACGCGCUCUUUGGGGGGGUGCUGACUCGGGCCCAACUAGUGGAGGCGGGGCUGGUGUCGGAGGCGACCGUGAGCGGGUACCAUGCGGACAACAUCGCACCGGCGAUCAUGGGCGGCUUUGUGCUUGUCAGGAGUUACAACCCGCUGCAGCUGAUCCCUCUGCAAUAUCCGGAGGACCGCUCGCUCUACUUUGUGGUGGUCACACCCGCGUUUGAGGCGCCUACGCGGGAGAUGAGAGCCGUCCUGCCACAAGAGGUGACUCUGAAGAAGCACAUCGCAAACUGUAGUCAAGGGGCGGCCCUGGUUGCGGCCAUUCUGACGGGGCAAGCGGAUCUCUUGGGGUCGGCCCUUUCUUCCGAUACCAUUGUUGAGCCCCGGCGAGGACCUCUCAUCCCGGGCCUGGCAGCGGUCAAAGUCAGCGCCAUGGCGGCAGGAGCGUUUGGGUGCACCAUCAGUGGGGCUGGUCCGACGGCCGUUGCAAUUACGGAUUCGGAAGAAAAGGGGAAGCAGAUUGGGGAGGCGAUGCAGGCUGCUUUUGCGGAGAAUGGCCGUUUAAAGUCAACAGCGGCCGUCUUGAGCUUAAACAGGGAGGGAGCCCAAGUCGUCUGAUGUCCGAUCGCUUCUUAGAGGGAGAUGACAACAUAGCCUGUGUUUGUGAGUUGUAGCCUAUCCCGUUAUUAUGCAAGUGAUCAUCAAAUAAUGAUCAUCAUGUAAUGCGCGACGUUCUUCCAGCUAUACUGCCAUUGCUAUUGAACUUUUGUGACAAUCCUUGCACAUUGCUCACUCUGCAUGUCGGCGAG